AUGACGAGCUCUACCACGGUUCCGCCCGCCCUCGAACCAGGCGAGCCCCUUCAAAUCGCUAUAAUCGGAGCCGGACUAACAGGCCUCACCCUCGCACUUUCUAUUUCUGCCCUCCCACUCCACCAGCGUUCUCACCUCCACUACACCAUCUAUGAAUCUCAUCAGCACUAUUCCGAAAUCGGCGCCGGUAUUGGAUUUGGCGCUAGCGGCCACCGAAUUAUGAAACUCCUCCAUCCUGAACUCUGGGAAAAUUACAAAGCGAUUGCGAAUUGGGGCGAAGAUGACGUGUGGUGGGAUUUUGUAGUCGGUGACAAAGUCGGAAAUUCACAAGGAAUAGCUGAUGAGAAAUGGGAAGGAAAACGAAUCGCACAGGUGCGGAUGAAAGAGGGGAGAGAGGGUCAAAGUACCGCGCAUCGAAGAUCUUUGAUGGAUAUUCUGAUCAAACUUCUUCCUUCGUUGUGCGAUGUUCGGUUUGGGAAGCGUUUGACGGGGAUUGUGUCUUCAGCUUCUGAUUCGAAUCAUCCGGAUUCUAAAGUAACCCUUCAAUUUCAAGACGGCACAACCUCAACCGCUGACCUAGUAAUCGGCGCCGAUGGCGUCAAAUCGCUCUGUCGAGAUAUAGUACUCACACCGGCUUGCAAUGCAGAAGCGCUCAAAGCGCGUUUUACGGGGAAAAUAGCAUAUAGAGGAUUAAUACCGAUGGAAGAAGCGAGAGCGAAGAUAGGAGAAAAAGCGGGUCAGAGAAUAUUUUAUUUGGGACAUGGAGGACAUGUGGUUUCGUUUCCGGUGGAGGGAGGGAAGAGUAUGAAUAUUGUUGCGUUUGCGAAUCGGGAGGCGGGCGUUUGGGAGGGAAGUUGGGUGAAGGAGAAUGUGGGGGAAGAGCUUGAGAGAGAUUAUCUGGAUGGGAGGUGGGGGAAUGACGUGGAGGGGAUUAUGAGGCUCAUCAAAUCUCCCUCCUACUGGGCAACAUUCUACCACCCCCCCGCUCCGGCCUUCCACCAUCCAACCCUACCUAUCCUUCUCAUCGGCGAUGCUGCUCACACCACUGCUCCCCAUUUUGGACAGGGCGCUGGGCUCGGUAGCAACUACUACUCUUCUCUUCCUUUACUCCCUCUCCACGCUAGUCUAUCCUCCACAUUCAAUCCCUCCAGAAACACCUCAUUAUCCUUCCUACCCCACACAGAACAUACUAACCCCACACUCUACCUAGUCGAAGACGUAUACAUCCUCACAAAACUUCUCUCGCACCUCCCCACCACCUCUCACUCUUCAGCCGGCAACUCAAAUGUCCGCGCCCUCUUCACAGCCUACACACAAAUCCGACAACCGCGCGCUACAACCGCUGUAUCUACUGCUAACUAUUAUGGUCGGAUGCUUGAUAUGGAAGAUCCGGUUAUAGCUGAUGAUCUUUCGCUGAUAGGGGAGAAAGUGAGGGGAAUCGCGGAGACGAUCUGGGGAUAUGAUGAGAUUGGGGAGGGUGAAAGGGGAGUAGAGAUUAUGAGGGGGGUUUUGGCGGAAAACAAGAUGGGAGACGGGAGGAUGAGGAGUUAUGUUGAGGAAGUGCGGUAG